AUGUUUUCCGGGUUUGGUGCGUUUGGCAGUGGGUAUGUGAACUUGCCACAGAAAUUUGAGGACUUCUUUAGAUGCUAUCCUGUGGCAAUGAUGAAUGAUAGGAUCAGGAAGGGCGACGCUAACUUUGGAGGAAAGAUUUUCUUGCCACCAAGUGCAUUAAGCAAAUUGACGAUGCUGAACAUUCGUUAUCCGAUGCUGUUCGAGCUGACAGCGAACGAAAAUGGACGAGUUACGCAUUGCGGUGUGCUGGAAUUCAUUGCAGAGGAGGGUAGGGCGUAUCUGCCACAGUGGAUGCUGGAGACUUUAAAAGUGCAGCCCGGAUCGCUGCUGAAGAUUGGAUCUACUGAUGUGCCGCUGGGGAAAUUCGUGAAACUGGAGCCGCAAUCGGUGGACUUUCUGGACAUCAGCGAUCCCAAAGCUGUACUGGAAAACGUACUUCGAAAGUUUUCCACACUCACGGUAGAUGAUAUCAUCGAGAUCAAUUAUAAUGACAGGAGUUAUAGGAUCAAGAUCCUCGAGGUGAAACCGGAGUCCGCUUCCAAAAGCAUUUGUGUGAUUGAGACGGACCUGGUUACAGAUUUUGCGCCUCCAGUCGGAUACGUGGAACCUGACUACCAGGCACUGCAGCAAAAGCAGUUGGAAGAGCGGCAGAUGCUUAAGAAGAGUGGUAAAUUUGACGUGUCGGCUCACCAAAAUGGAUCUAUGGCUAAAAGAAUCGACUAUGCGUCCAAAUUGAAAGAGUCUAAACUGGGGAAGUCCAAGUUUACAGGUGAAGGACAGAAACUCUCUGGAAAGACAGGUAGUAAAGAGACUAGCGCAGUGAGCCUUUCUGAGAUUAAUAUUUCGCUGGAGGGUGAGCCGGCUAAACUUAGCCUGCCGGAUGGCCAGCUUUUCUUUGGAUUCCCUAUAGUACUCCCCCGGUCAGCAGCUGACGGAGAGAGCCCUUCGUCUGAGAAUGUAUUUAGAGGAGAGGGACAAUCGCUGCGAAAGAGUAAUAAGCGAAAAGGUAAAUCUGACCAUUCUUCUGCAAAGUCAAAAACGCCAAGAAGUCCGGACGUGAUAGAAAUCGAUUGA